AUGGCCGUGAUUUGUCCGAUGGCUAUGAUAUACAGAAAUACUCGCGCAAUAAACGAAUAGCCAACGCGUACAAAGGCCGCGCGACAUCAGACAUUCAAACGAACUGUGGAAGUCGAUUAUCACGGCACCGAGCCAUCUCAGCCAACGGCUUCGACAUCGGCAUCUAAAUUCCAUUCAUCAAAAAAUAGGGAAUGGCUACCACAUCCCGAACUCGAAGAAAGCAGGAUGAUGAUAAGAAGAAGAAAAAGUCACCGGUGGACGACCGCCCUACGGUACCAGCGCCCAGCGAAGCGAUGCUCAAAAACCUCCGGACAGCGUUCGGCCUACUGGAUCGGGAUAGCGAUGGUCACGUGACACCGGCAGAGCUUCAGUAUAUGCUGCAAAAGCUGGGCAUCGAAGUCAGUGAUGACUUAAUAGCGGAACUUAUUAAGGACGCCAGUAAAACUGGAAACGGACUAAUAGAUGAGAACGACUUUAUGCAAUGGGUGACGAAAAUACAGGCUAUUCAAGGAAUGGAUGUUAGUUCUAGUGGCGGUGAUUCAGAAGAGGAAAUCACCAAAGAUCUACUAGCAGCCUUCAAAGUGUUUGACCGGGAUGACAACGGCUAUAUAACUCGAGAUGAGUUAAGGACGGCGUUGGAGAUAAUCGGCGAGCCCGUAACCGACGCGCAGCUUAACCAGGUGCUUGCAUUGGGAGACAUCGAUCAUGACGGGAGAAUUGAUUAUGAGGAAUUUGUGAAAAUGCUGUUGUAAUGAGUUCUCCAGAGUCCUGAAGUAAAAGACCUCACUAGAUUAAGAUCCUAAGUUAUAUUUAAGUCAUGCGUAAUAAUACUAACCUCAUCAUAAAUUAUAGGCAUACCGUGUAUUUUUAAGACGAAUGUUUAUGCAGUAUUUUUGAUAUUGAAUAUAGUUUUGUGCUGAGAAUAUUAAAGACACCACCUUAUAAAGGUCGUUUAAUUAUGAAAUUAAUUUUAUUAUUAUUAAAUUAUGAAAAAGUAAAAAUCUACGUUUUUAAAUAAUUCAUUUUAUUAAAUAUACAGGAUCCAUAUAGUUUUUACUUUUACUUCUUAUUUAGGAAUAUUAGAAAGAAACAUCCGAAAGACAUCCCUAGUCAAAUAUUUUUAACAUAAAAUUAUUUAAUUUAUUUAAAAAUAUAUUAUAGUUGAUCAAACUAAAAAGUUUUUUUUUAUAAUUAUUGUGUUUGUCAUGUAGUUCUAGUAGUUAGGCAUAUCAUUGUAAAGUACCUAUUCGUUAAGUUUAUUCUAAGUACACAUUAGCUGGAAGUAACGCUUUUUAUAUUUAUGAUUCGACUGAUUGAAUCAUUUUUAUGACAUGAAAUUUAUUCAAUCAGUUCUAAGCAAUCAGUGAAAUUUAUAAUAAUUGGUCCAAAAAAGUAGAGAUACAAUAAAGAUCAGAUCAAAUGCCUAAAAAUUAUCUGGUGCUUAAGAACAUAUAUUCAUCGCAAUCAAAUACAAUCCGUUACAUCUCGACGUCCGUCGUUAUACAGCCGAGUGUUUAUUUAGGCAGUUCUUGUCGCGCACCUCUACUAUGUGGAACCAACUGCCCGCUGAAGUAUUUCCGAACCAAUUCGACUUGCGGUCCUUAAAAAAAGGGCGUACCAAUUCUUAAAAGGCCGGCAUCGCACUUGCGAGCCUUUUGGCAGCGUGAGAGUCAAUGGGCGGCGGUAUAACUUAUUAAUUUUGCCUCCGCCUACAUACAAUGAAAAGAAACAAACAUUAAAGUUGUGAAACAUACAUGGUUGUGAGUUAUUUUAAACCAUAAAACUGUAUAUAUAUUUCAUGGCUGGAUAAAACGCCAUUUAUCUUUCAGUUUCAAUAAUGGUAGACAUGCAUCUUAAUUAAAAGAAGCGAUUCUUAGAAUUGUAUUAAAAACAUUAUCAUUUUGAACAAGACCAUGCAUAAAAUCCCAUUGCUAAUUUAUAGAUUAAAUUUAAACUUUAAGAAAGAAAGAACAUUAGUUGGAAACGUACACUUAACGAGGAGGUUCAAGAGCUUGUUUAAAUCACAGAGACUAGAUUCAUAUAUCUACGAGGAUCCAUUUUUUAGUCUGUAGAAACGAGGUCAUAAUAUUUAGAUGUAACCUUUUUAAAGACUACAUAUUAUUACUAUUCAUUUUAUGGUCUUUCAAAACAAAAAUCAAGUCACAUUUUAUGUAUAGUAAAAUAAAUUAAUUGAGUAAAUAAAAAUUAAAACAUUUGGAAUAAUUUUGUAAUCGAAUUAUGGCCUUAGAAAGGCUAGUGAUGUGAACUACAAAGUGAUUAAAUAAUACAUUUGUUA